AAUGCAGAGGAAUGAAAACAAAAGUCAAUGAGGGGGAUGGCCAUGGAAGAGAUACAGAUUUCUUUACCAGUUUGCAAAACUUGUCAAAGGAAAUUAAAAGCUGUGGAAAAAGAGGAGCAAGCAUAAAGCUGAAGAAAGCAUUGGAGGAAGAGACGCGAGAAAUUGCAGCCAAAGGAGGGAAAAAGCAGAAAUCCAAAAGCGACACCGUCACUACAUCAUCAGCAGGUGAUAAGAAAACCAAAAGAAAAACAAAACAUGAAGCUCCCUGCAGUGAACCAGCAGCAAAGAAAUCAAAGUCACAGACAACAAAGGACUUAAAAUUAAAAGAAAUGAUGGCAUUUGCAGGAAUUAGUCUUGCAAAUGAUCUACAAACUACUGAUUCAAACAUGGAUUCUGAAUCAUCUGAUGCAGAAACUUCAUCAAAGGCAAAUGACCAGGCCACAAGUGAAAUACAAACCAGGAGCACUCCAAAGAAAACCCCAACAAAAUCAUUAGAAACAUCAUCUAAAACAACUGAUAAAGCCACAAGUGAAAUACAAACCAGGAGCAGUCCCCACAAAACCCCAACAAAAUCAUCAGGAGCGUCAUCUAAAACAAUUGUCCAGGCCACAAGCAAAGCACAAACCAGGAGCACUCCAAAAAAACCCUCAACAAAAUCAUUAGAAACAUCAUCUAAAACAACUGAUAAAGCCACAAGUGAAAUACAAACCAGGAGCAGUCCCCAAAAAACCCCAACAAAAUCAUCAGGAGCAUCAUCUAAAACAAUUGUCCAGGCCACAAGCAAAGCACAAACCAGGAGCACUCCAAAAAAACCCUCAACAAAAUCAUUAGAAACAUCAUCUAAAACAACUGACAAAGCCACAAGUGAAAUACAAACCAGGAGCAGUCCCCAAAAAACCCCAACAAAAUCAUCAGGAGCGUCAUCUAAAACAAUUGUCCAGGCCACAAGCAAAGCUCAAACCAGGAGCACUCCAAAAAAAACCUCAACAAAAUCAUUAGAAACAUCAUCUAAAACAACUGAUAAAGCCACAAGCGAAGUAAAAACCAGGAGCAGUCCGAGGAAAAAAAAAGCAUCAUCAGAAACGACAUCCAAUUUAAAUGUAACCAGCAAGGCCACUAACGAGCUUCAGACCAGGAGCAGUCCAAGAAAAACAACAUCAACUGAAACAUCAGCUAAAAAUGCUUCUGCCUUGUUUGACUUUGCAACAUCAUCAGCCACAUCCUCACUUGUUUCUUCAAGCUUAAAUCUACUUAAUGCUGAAAUUGAUAAUGAUCUGGAAUCUACAAAUGUGGCAUACAACAAUACUGAGGAGUUUGGACAUUUCUCCCAUUCAUAUUAUGAACCAGAGUAUGGUUACAAUUCAGACUUGGUUCAAUCAGAGACUUCAGGGCAACCAUAUCCUAUUCAAAACAUUACUGGUUACUAUCAGCGGCUCGACUCAACACAACAGGGGACAAUUCUUGGGUUUUUGAACAUGUUAUCUGAUGAGCUGCAUAAGAUAACAUAUGGCCAACCACCAAGUUCAACCAAUGAUCCAUGCAGUUCAAAUACUACAACUCUAUCAGCUGCACCACUUCUAUCAGCUGCAUCAUCAACAGAUGAAAAUGAGCGAAAGGUGCCAUUGAUAAUGGACGCGGAAUCCCUGUUCAAGGAUAUCCUGGUUAAUCCAUCGAAAUUGAGAAAUGCAGAAUCAGCAGCACUUAUGGCAAAAAACCCUCCAGCAUUUCUAUUGAAUAAAAUUUUGGAUCUUGUGUUCCAUCCAGAUGAAUUGAAGUUCUCAAAGGGUGUCAAAGGCCUAAAUACCCACAAGAUGGAGGCCAUAAAUGGUUAGUAUUCUUUCUUUUACCUUUAUCCUUGAGAGACACACUUGUAAAUUCUGAUGAAUUUUACUUAAUCUUUUCAUACCAUUGUCAAUCUCUUUCUGAAUGUUUAUGUCAUGCUAAGGAACACGUAAUUUAAGAAGAAAUUCUGUAUUGUAUGUUUUUGCUUCAUAUUAUAUAAUUAAUUUUUAAUUUAUUUUUAAUUUUAGAGUACCUGUUUGCGUGGUGUUUAAAAAUGAACAUGGAAAACGUAACAGCGAAAAUGACUACAACAAUCAUCCAAAACAAAAUAGGAAACUUGAGAUUUAAGGGACAGAAAAAAACCAAACUAGUGACAUCCAAGUAACUGCAUGACUGCCAUUGCAACAAUACAUGUAUAUAGACUAGAAAUUCUGUGGAGAGGAUCCAACAUUUACUCUCAUAAUUUCAUUGCUGUAAAAAUGUUUUUUAAAUGGAUAUUAAAUGGUUAAAAUAAAAACCAUUUUCAA